CCGCAUUGAUUCAUAACAGACAAGAAGUCAUUCAAUUCACCCAUUCUCAUAUUCCUUUCCUGAGCACCAGCCAUCUUAAUUAUCUAUCAUCACACAAUGGACCGUUCUAACAAGCCUUCCGCCAUUGGGGUGGGUGCUUCCAUCCCUCAGCCAACGGUCAAUUUCCACGACAACACAGUCCAGGCCACUUUGCCUAGCGGCGAGUCGGUCACCGUCCACUUAUACGGAGCGACCGUCACUUCCUGGAAGCUCGCCAACGGCAAGGAGCAAUUGUUCGUCAGCGAAAAGGCUCACCUGGAUGGUUCCAAGCCCAUCCGUGGUGGAAUCCCUGUCGUCUUCCCGGUCUUCGGUCCUCCCCCUUCGAACCACGCUACAUCCUCCCUCCCGCAGCACGGCUUCGCACGGAACUCGAACUGGGAGUUUCUCGGCAAGUCCUCGUCCGAGUCUCUCGGCAAGGACCGCAAGAAGGGAGAUGACGCAGUCAAGCUGGACUUUGGCCUGUCGCACCCGAUGUUGAGCGAGGAGUUCCAGAAGGCGUGGCCUUACCAGUUUGGUCUGGUGUAUAGUGUCACUCUGACCAAGGAGGGUCUGGAAACCUUCCUGCAGGUACAAAACAAGGGAGAGCAGAACUUCGAGUUCCAGGUUCUGCUGCACACAUACCUGAGCGUUGAGGACAUCUCGCAAGUCCGCGUUAAGAACCUCCAAUCCAAGGAGUAUGCCGAUAAGACCCAGGGUGGCUCAAUCCAGACCGAAACCUCCUCCGCGGUUGAGAUCAACAAGGAAACCGACCGGGUGUACAAGUCGCUCGACCCAAAGGUCCCGGUCGAGGUCACCACGGUCUCUGAUGACAAACCCCUGUUCUCCAUCACCCGGGAAGCCCUAACGGAUGUUGUGGUAUGGAACCCCUGGAUCGAAAAGGCCAAGGGAAUGGCCGACUUCGGGCCGGAUGAGGCCUACAAGAACAUGAUCUGUGUCGAAGCCGGCUCUGUCGCUGGCUGGCAGACUUUAGAAGCGGGAGAGUCCUGGGAGGGCGGCCAGACGAUCCGGCCGAGGCUAUGAUUUGCCUGAUUCUGCUACUUGAUUGAUACAUUGAUGCAGUGACGAGCGAGCUGAGUCACGCAUGAAGAUAGAAGAUUAAUAUGCCAUGACAGUGUACCUGAGUCAGUCUAUGCCUCGUGUGGUACCAAUGUACCCGGAGAGGGUUUCUUAAGCAAUACCCUUAGCUGACCUUGUGAACUCUGAUCGAGAUAUAAUUUUGUCCAAAGGGUUCGAAGAGACGAUAUGUGAUGAAUGACUUAGAUAGAUUGCCUCGCCCACUGAAGUUCACGAGCAUGAAGAACUGUCAUGCGACGGUGGAACAUUGCUCAAGGUAUGUUAAGUUGGGAAUACG